ACCAUAGGGCUGUGGGCGGGACGUCGAGAAGCCGGUUGGCCACUGCGUGCGGGCUGAGGCCAGAAGCCGGUGGAGUGUGAGAGGGUCCGUGGUUUUCGGAAUAUUCUUCAAGCAGUCACUAUGUCAAGCAACACGGAUGUUUCUCUUUCUUCAUACGAUGAAGAUCAAGGAUCUAAACUUAUCCGAAAAGCUAAAGAGGCGCCAUUUGUCCCUAUUGGAAUGGCAGGCUUCGCAGCAAUUGUUGCAUAUGGAUUGUACAGACUGAAGAGCAGGGGAAGCACUAAGAUGUCCGUUCACCUGAUCCACAUGCGUGUAGCGGCCCAAGGCUUUGUUGUGGGAGCAAUGACCCUUGGUAUGGGCUAUUCCAUGUACAAGGAGUUCUGGGCAAAACCUAAGCCUUAGAAGAAGAGAUGCUGUCUUGGUCUUUUUGGAAGCCCUUGCUUUAGUUAGACGUCUCAUGUUGAGGUUAUAUAUUUGUGUCAAAAAUAAACCAUUGCAGUUUGUUCAGACUAUAUUACAGUAUUUUGAAUAAUGGGUUUUUUUCCUCGCAGAUUCAUUGACCAAGUGAGUAGUCACUAGUUCACUAACUGGGUCAUUCAGGGAAUCAACAUGAAAGAAACAUGUCACCCAAGCUGAGGAUUUAGCUCAGUGGUGCUGCUGUCUGCCUCACAAGUGCAAAGUCCUGAGUUCGAUCCCCAGUACUCCCCCCCAAAAAAGAAAAAGAAACAUGUCACCUAAAUGCAUUUGAUAGUACUCAAAUGUCCACCUUUCUUAAACCCUCAUGACAAAAUUAGUUCCACAGAAGACAGCAGGCCAACCCUGAUAUACUCCCUGUGUGCCGCCAAAUAUCACACGCCUUGCAUGUCAUGUAGGAACGCUGUUGCCCUCAGUUCAGCUUUUGUCUGUCCCCUGUGGACUGGUGUGAGGACUUCAGUUCUUAGGACUGGCUGGCUCUUGAAGAACUCUCAAAACGUACAUGAGAUAUAAUUUGCAAACCCUCCCACAACUGAAUGUGUGUGUGUGUGUGUGUGUGUGUGUGUGUGUUCAAACCUAGAAAACGUACAUCAGAACUGCAUAGAAGUAUUUAUUUCAGAAUCACACUUGUAAACAUGAGACUAGCUUAAUUAUGGAUUCUGAUUUAGCUCUUUUAUAAUUAUAGAAUUAUAUUUUUGCUGCAGUUGUAUUAGAGUAAUUUUAAAUGUCAUCUUGAAAUGGAAGUAUUUAAGUGCUAAUACACAGGUAAAUGGACAUUUUAAAAAUAUGUGCAGUAUGUUUCUUUUGUCUGUAAUAAUUGUAAAUCUUAAACACUUUACCCAAAAUGGAAAUGACUAAUGGUUUAUAAGCAAGCUGGUUUGGUUAGACAUUACACACAAACUUUGAUAUACUACAGAAUGCGUGUAAAUACUUGUAAAUUUCUCUUGUCUAACCUGAACUUACAUUCCAUAGUGAUAACAUGGUAUAUGUGUCGAGUUAUUAAAGUAGGUGAACACAUAUAAUGUCUUGU